AAAACAAUCUCUAUUGGACCGAGUCCUUCCUUCGCUGGAAGUAGUCGGAUCCAAGACUUAAUUUCAACAAAGUGCUCAAUUUAUUGCUUGAAGCUCUGGCAGCCUAAAAUUGUCUUCUUUGAAUGGAAAAUUUGACCAACUGCAAUGAGGGGCUGCAGCCGGCGGUCUGUCGCGCCUGCCUGUUUGCUAAAGGAGCCGCCCCCGGGAGAAGACCCGGCGGGGAGCGGUGUCCCCGGGGGGAUCCCGCAGCCCAGCCGCACGGCUUGGAUGGCCUGGAUGCGCUCGAGCCAGCCCCGCAGCCGCUGACGCCUGGCGGCGGCGAAGUUUGGCUGCUGAGCGGUGCGGCGCCGGACCCCUGGACAGCCGGACAGCCGGCGGCCGCGGCGAUGCCCUUGGGGGGGCUCUUGCCGCUCUUCGGCAGCCCCGCGGGCGGCGGCCUGGGCGGGGGGCUCGGCGGCGGCGGCGGCAGGAAGGGGUCUGGUCCCGCAGCCUUCCGCCUGACGGAGAAGUUCGUGCUGCUGCUGGUGUUCAGCGCCUUCAUCACGCUGUGCUUCGGGGCGAUCUUCUUCCUGCCUGACUCGUCCAAGCUGCUCAGCGGGGUCCUGUUCCACUCCAGUCCCGCUUUGCAGCCGGCUGCGGACCACAAGCCCGGGCCCGGGGUGCGCGCCGAGGACGCGGCCGAAGGGCGAGCCCGGCACCGGGAGGAAGGCGCGCCUGAGGACCCGGCGGUGGACCUGGAGGACCACCUGGCCAGGAUCCGCGAGAACCACGAGCGGGCCCUGAGGGAGGCCAAGGAGACGCUGCAGAAACUGCCCGAGGAGAUCCAGAGAGAUAUCCUGCGCGAGAAGGAGAAGGUGGCUCAGGACCAGCUGCGGGACCGCGCGCCUUUCCGGAGGCUGCCUCCGGUGGACUUUACGCAGCCCAUCGGGGUGGAGAACCGGGAGCCCGCCGACGCUUUCGUCCGCGAGAAGAGGGCCAAGAUCAAAGAGAUGAUGGAACAUGCUUGGAAUAGUUAUAAACGCUAUGCCUGGGGAUUAAAUGAACUGAAGCCCAUAACUAAAGAAGGCCAUUCAAGCAGUUUGUUUGGCACCAUCAAAGGAGCAACAAUAGUUGAUGCCCUGGAUACACUUUUUAUUAUGGGAAUGGAACAUGAAUUUCAAGAAGCAAAAGCAUGGAUUGAAGAAAAUUUAGAUUUUAAUGUGAAUGCUGAAAUUUCUGUGUUUGAAGUAAAUAUUCGCUUUGUUGGUGGACUACUCUCAGCCUACUAUUUGUCUGGAGAAGAGAUAUUUCGAAAGAAAGCAGUGGAACUUGGGAUAAAAUUGCUCCCUGCAUUUCAAACUCCCUCAGGAAUACCUUGGGCAUUGCUGAAUAUAAAAAGCGGCAUUGGGAGAAACUGGCCCUGGGCCUCCGGAGGCAGCAGCAUUCUGGCAGAGUUUGGAACCCUGCAUCUGGAGUUCAUGCACCUGAGCCACUUAUCAGGAAACCCCAUCUUCGCUGAAAAGGUCAUGAAUAUUCGAAAGGUACUGAACAAACUGGAAAAGCCAGAAGGCCUUUAUCCCAACUACCUGAAUCCCAGUAGUGGGCAGUGGGGUCAACAUCAUGUUUCAAUUGGAGGACUUGGAGAUAGCUUCUAUGAAUAUUUGCUGAAGGCCUGGCUAAUGUCUGAGAAGACAGAUCUAGAAGCCAAGAAGAUGUAUUUUGAUGCUGUUCGGGCCAUUGAGACUCACUUGAUCCGCAAAUCUAGUGGGGGCCUAACUUACAUUGCAGAGUGGAAAGGGGGCCUCCUGGAACACAAGAUGGGCCACUUGACCUGCUUUGCUGGAGGCAUGUUUGCACUUGGGGCAGAUGGAGCCCCUGAAGGGCUGGCUCAGCACUAUCUUGAACUCGGGGCUGAAAUUGCCCGUACAUGUCAUGAAUCUUACAAUCGCACGUUCAUGAAACUUGGACCAGAAGCCUUCAGAUUUGAUGGUGGUGUUGAAGCCAUUGCUACAAGACAAAAUGAGAAAUACUACAUCUUACGACCAGAGGUUGUUGAGACGUACAUGUAUAUGUGGCGACUCACGCAUGAUCCAAAGUACAGGAAAUGGGCCUGGGAAGCUGUAGAGGCCCUGGAAAGUCACUGCAGAGUGAAUGGAGGCUACUCAGGCCUCAGGGAUGUUUACUUCACUCAUGAGAAAUACGAUAAUGUGCAACAGAGUUUUUUCCUAGCAGAGACAUUAAAAUAUUUGUACUUAAUAUUUUCUGAUGAUGAUCUUCUUCCGCUGGAACAUUGGAUCUUCAAUACGGAGGCACAUCUUCUCCCUAUCCUCCCUACAGAUCAAAAGGAAGUUGAGGUUAAAGAGAAAUAAAAAGAGAUUUUAUAUUAGACUCUGCUCCAGUCCCUUCACUGCAUACCUUAAUAAUUCCUUUUCUGAUAAUCAGACACAUGAACUCUUAUUAAUGUCUGUGUUACUCUAAGUUGUAAAACUGUUUUUGCAGUCUUUUACGUUUGUUACCAUAGCAUAAAUGGACCUGAAUUCUUGAUUGUGUCCUCUGUUAUUCAGUCAGUGGAUCCACAGGUUUUUAUUAUAAGUAAUCUAUUAUCUCUGGAAUUUAGGAAGGAAUAAUAUGGUUUUUCUUCAGCUGUAUGUAAUGGUAUACCAAUGACCUCUUAAUUAUAAUUUGAUUUGACUGCAAAAAUUUUUCCUCCUCUAUGAGGAGAUGAUGUCUGCUUUAAGCUGUAAUGUUUUGCCAUGUUGCAAAAAGCCAUAAUAAUAAAUUAAGUAUUAAAAAGCUUUUUCCUUUUCAAUUUCUUGUGAACCUGGUUUGUCUAUCCACCAGAGACAGAUCUUAUAACUGUGACAGCCUCCUUAAGCAGGUCUAUCAUUAUUUGAUAGAAUAUCCUCUAAAAUAUGUCACUCACAUUGUAAUUCAAAUUAGAAUGUCAUCCCCAAAGCUCAUCUCAUGUUGACCUCAUUUCAUUAGAACUGCAGGAUAUUUUUGUUGGUUCCUUGUGUUAGUGUUCCCUAGUUUGUGACUCUGUUCUCUACUUAUUUUGAAUGCUAUGUGUCACUUCUGGAUCAUGGACUUCCUAAUUUCUUCCAACCCCCACUACAGAGCAAGGUGAAUAAGCUUUGCAGAGCUCUGCUGUCACUAAGUGUAGUUUCUAAAUGGAACUGAUGCCGUUUUCAGUGGGACUUUGUCUUUU